UUCGACAAACUUGCGCAAAAACCCUCACCAAACCCCUGAUUAUAUAACCCACUACUCUCGGAUCUAACUCCAUACCAGAAAAAAACCCAUUUCAAACCGCCGUUACCGUUAAAAAUGGCCACUAACACCGUCGCUAAUCUCCGGUCAACCGCCGCUAAUAACCUCUCGUCUUUCUCCGUUACUUCGAAAGCUAACAAACUCCCAAUCUUCUCACUCCCGGCGUUAAACUCACGGCGUGAGUCUCAAUCUCGGUUUAUUGUACUAACGGCGUCGCUCGACGCGAAGCCCACUGUGCUGGUGGCGGAGAAGCUCGGAGAAGCGGGGCUGGAGCUUUUAAAAGAGUUCGCUAACGUUGAUUGCUCGUAUAAUUUGUCGCCCGAGGAGCUGUGUACUAAGAUCUCGCUCUGCGACGCGCUGAUUGUACGGAGCGGGACGAAGGUGAACCGGGAGGUUUUUGAAUCGUCCGGUGGCCGGUUGAAAGUUGUGGGUCGAGCCGGAGUUGGGAUUGAUAAUGUGGAUCUUAGUGCUGCGACUGAGCAUGGGUGUUUGGUUGUGAAUGCUCCGACUGCGAAUACUGUUGCAGCUGCUGAACAUGGGAUUGCUCUGUUGGCUGCCAUGGCUAGGAAUGUUGCUCAAGCUGAUGCUUCUAUUAAAGCUGGAAAAUGGCUGAGGAACAAAUAUGUGGGUGUGUCACUUGUUGGAAAGACACUUGCUGUGAUGGGUUUCGGUAAAGUUGGUUCGGAGGUUGCACGGCGUGCCAAGGGACUUGGGAUGCAUGUGAUUGCUCACGAUCCGUAUGCUGCAGCAGAUAGAGCUCGUGCAAUUGGUGUGGAGCUUGUUGGGUUUGAGGAAGCCAUAGCGACUGCUGAUUUCAUCUCCUUGCACAUGCCUCUUACCCCUGUUACAAAUAAGAUUCUCAAUGAUGAGACUUUUGCGAAGAUGAAGAAAGGAGUUAGAAUUGUUAAUGUUGCUCGUGGAGGUGUUAUUGAUGAAGAUGCUCUUGUCAGGGCACUUGAUGCUGGAAUUGUAGCUCAGGCAGCACUUGAUGUUUUCACUGAAGAGCCCCCGGCAAAAGACAGCAAGUUGGUGCAGCAUGAGAAUGUGACUGUUACUCCACAUCUUGGUGCCAGUACUGUGGAGGCUCAGGCAUGUGUGGCUAUUGAAAUUGCUGAAGCGGUUGUUGGAGCCUUGCAAGGUGAACUUGCUGCUACUGCCGUCAAUGCACCGAUGGUACCUGCUGAGGUUCUAACAGAGCUGAAACCAUAUGUUAUGCUUGGUGAGAAACUUGGGAGGUUGGCUGUGCAGCUAGUAACAGGCGGAAGUGGCGUGAAGAGUGUGAAAGUGACUUACGGCUCUACUAGAGCUCCCGAUGACCUUGACACCAGGCUGCUCCGUGCUAUGAUUAUUAAGGGUCUGAUUGAACCUAUAUCCAGUAUUUUUGUGAACUUGGUUAAUGCUGACUUCACUGCUAAACAAAGAGGACUAAGAAUAGCUGAAGAACGCGUCACUCUGGACGGCUCACCCGAGACUCCACUCAACUUUAUCCAAGUUCAAAUUGCCAAUGUGGAAUCAAAAUUUGCUAGUGCCAUGUCAGAGUCUGGAGAAAUAAAGGUUGAGGGAAGGGUGAAGGACGGAGUUCCUCAUUUGACUAAAGUCGGAUCAUUUGAGGUGGAUGUGAGUUUGGAAGGUAGCAUCAUACUCUGCCGACAAGUCGACCAGCCUGGAAUGAUCGGUAGAGUCGGAAGCGUAUUGGGAGAGGAGAAUGUCAAUGUCAGUUUCAUGAGUGUCGGAAGAAUUGCUCCACGAAAGCAAGCUAUCAUGGCUAUUGGAGUUGAUGACCAACCCAAGAUCGAAACCUUGAAAAAGAUUGGGGAUAUUCCGGCGAUCGAAGAGUUUGUUUUCCUGAAAUUGUAAUCUUGAUUUUGUUAUGUUUUAUGACUUCCUUCUAAUGGGUAUUGAUUAGUUCAGUGUGGUGCACAAUUUUGAGUUGAGUGCUUUCUAUUAAUCUUUUGGAGAAGGGUAAGAAUAAUACUUGUUUGAGUUUAGAGUAUGUACUUUGUUGAGAUAUUAAUCAUCUCAAAUUCAUAUUUCCUAGUAGCUUGUUCUUGCUUCAUGAA